UUGGGUAUUUGAAGAACAGGAAACAAACCUUUCAACAGCGUAAAGAAACGUGAAAAUUGUGAACGCUGCCGAAACAUCGGCAGAUAACAGAUAUAGAAACAGCAACGAAAAGUAGUUUUCAAGUGAAGUUAUAGUGCUGCUGAGAAACAAUUUGUUUGGCUAGCCUGGGUGCGAGGCAAGGGUUGUGUUUGAAUCUCCGACUCGAGGGAGGCGCCCUCCUUUUAGCUUGUGCAUGUUGAACAUUUUAUCUUUUUAACUUUUACACCUUUUGGGGAAUCUGCUUGAAGAUGGGGUGUACUCUGAGCACGGGUGAUAAGGCGGCGCAGGAGCGCAGUAAAAUAAUCGACAGGAAUUUACGGGACGACGGGGAAAAGGCAGCACGGGAAGUCAAGCUGCUUCUCCUCGGUGCUGGGGAGUCAGGGAAGAGUACCAUUGUCAAACAGAUGAAGAUCAUCCAUGAGGCGGGCUAUUCAGAGGAGGAGUGUAAGCAGUACAAGGCAGUGGUGUACAGCAACACCAUCCAGUCCAUCAUCGCCAUCAUCAGAGCCAUGGGGCGCCUCAAGAUAGACUUCGCUGAAGCAGCCAGAGCGGAUGAUGCUCGUCAGCUGUUUGUGCUGGCGGGAUCGGCAGAGGAGGGCUUCAUGACCGGUGAGCUGGCCGGAGUCAUCCAGCGCCUCUGGAAGGACGGUGGGGUCCAGGCCUGCUUCGGCCGCUCACGAGAGUACCAGCUCAAUGACUCCGCCGCCUAUUAUCUGAAUGACCUGAACAGGAUAGCCCACGGAGCGUACGUGCCCACCCAGCAAGACGUGCUGAGGACCAGGGUGAAGACCACCGGCAUCGUGGAGACUCAUUUCACCUUCAAAGACCUCCACUUCAAAAUGUUUGACGUGGGGGGUCAGAGGUCCGAGAGGAAGAAGUGGAUACACUGCUUUGAGGGAGUCACCGCCAUCAUCUUCUGUGUGGCGCUCAGUGACUACGACCUUGUGCUUGCCGAGGAUGAGGAGAUGAACCGGAUGCAUGAGAGCAUGAAGCUAUUUGACUCCAUCUGCAACAACAAGUGGUUCACAGACACCUCCAUCAUCCUCUUCCUCAACAAGAAGGAUCUGUUUGAGGAGAAGAUCCAAAAGAGUCCUCUCACUAUCUGUUACCCGGAGUACGCAGGCUCCAACACGUACGAGGAGGCAGCAGCCUACAUCCAGUGUCAGUUUGAGGACCUGAACAAGAGGAAGGACACCAAGGAGAUCUACACCCACUUCACUUGCGCCACCGAUACCAAGAAUGUGCAGUUUGUCUUCGACGCAGUCACCGAUGUCAUCAUCAAGAACAACCUGAAGGACUGUGGCCUCUUCUAGGGCAGUGUGGUGGCCAGCGUGUGUUCAGUGACCAUUUUCUUUGGGAUGUCUGUGGCUGGAGGGGGUUGGAUCAUGGACACUUUGUAGAGAACUUCACUUUUAACCUCUUAACUUUAAACUCAGUUUUUAAAAUGCCAUGUAGAAAAAUGUUUGUGUAAAAUAUUUGUACAACUGUCA